AUGGCGGAACCGGUUGUUCAGCUCCAAUGCGGAGUAAAGAAUGACCCAUGGGGUAAGCAAGGAAAGAACUCGUUAGCUGGUCAGCUUUGGUCCAAGACCCCCAAGAAUGGAGAUGUAAAAGAUGACCAAACAUACUCUGAGAUGUGGAUGGGCACAUACCCGACUGUUCCUUCUCGGAUCCUUUCAACAGGCGAGCUUCUCUCCGAUUAUCUGAAGAAGAACCCACAGCUUGUUGGGAAAUCGGCGCUUGAUAAGUAUGGACCCGAGAUUCCGUUCUUGCCGAAGAUCCUCUCAUUUAGUAAAGCGCUCCCUCUCCAAGUCCAUCCAGACAAAUCUCUAGCAGAGCAGCUUCACAAAGAAAAUCCAGACCAGUUCAAUGACCCAAACCACAAGCCCGAAAUCGCAGUCGCGCUGUCCAAUUUCGAGCUCUUUGCUGGUUUCAAGCCCCUCAGUGAAAUCGAAGCGAUCAUGAAGCUUAAGCCAAUUGAGCAAUUAGUACCCUCCAAUCAGCCAUUCGACGAUGAUCUACUCCGGGAGCUCUGCAAGACGCUCCUCACUUUGCCUCCAAUCGUUGUCUCGGAGAUCAUCCAGAGUCUUAAGGAUCUCCCGGAAGGCCAGUUCGGAAAGCAUCGUUAUAUCCCCGGAAUGCUCGAUCGACUUAGCAAGCAAUAUACUGAGUUCGAUAACGGUAACCUGGUUGCCGCGCUACUGAUGAACUACAUGACUCUUGGACCUGGAGAGGCUGUCUGCGUACCUGCGGAUAGUAUGCAUGCAUAUCUCUGUGGUGACAUCGUUGAGUGUAUGGCGCGGUCUGAUAAUGUGAUUAAUACGGGGUUCUGUCCGCGUGCAGAACGCGAUAACGUCGAUUUAUUCUUGCGCGCGCUGACCUUCAAACCACAUGGAGUGGACGAGGCUCUUUUGCCGCGGAGAAAGAGUGACAAGGGUGCCAAUGGGAAAUCGGAUGAGUAUGCGCCUCCUUUCAGUGAGUUUAACGUUUUGGCGACUAGUCUGGGAGCCGGAGAGCACGAAACACACAAGGCUAUUUCAGGACCGAGUCUUUUAUUUGUUACCAAAGGAUCUGGGCGGUUAGAACUGUCUGAGGGCAAGUCUGUCAAGACGUUCGACCUGCAGGAGGGAUAUGUAUACUUUGUUGGACAAGGAGUGAGCCUGGAUCUCUCUACGGACAGGGGAAUCGCUGUGUAUCGACCAUAUGCCGAGUAA